AUGUAAAGUCAUGCAAAAUAAGUGGUUGCAUUAAUCAAUCAACUCCCCAAAAAAGAUGAACUGAGAUUCUUAGAGAAACAACCAGGAAACAAAAAAUUUAUUUCUGAAACCAAUAAAGUAUUUAUCUCAGUCAUUAAUGGACUAAGAUCUUUGGUUGGAGAUGUUUAAGCAAAUUCAACCACUAUCCCAUUUAAAUAAAUAGAAGAAACAUUAGAUUAAUUCUUAGAAAAUGCAGCCAUUUAAUAUGAUAGAAUGAAUAAAUUAAGUUUAGCUCCAAAACAACCCCAAAUAUAAAAAACAAACUAACUCAAACCAAAGGAUAUUUAUGGAUUUGCUGAUGCAAUUUAGCUUAAUAAAUUACCUUUUAUUCCUGUCUUAAAAUACAAGCAGUAUGCUUAGACAGAAUUAGAUUAAAAAAUAGUAGAAGCCUAAAAUAACCCAUAUUAAUUUUUUGAGAAAUAUGAGAUAGAUGAAUUUGCUCAUCCUUACUAUGAAGAAAUAUUGAGAUUGACACCCCAAGAUUUUGUUCUUGAUGUACCAUCAAAAAUUAAUAGAUAUAGAGAUUUAGAACCACCAAUGAUGAUUACUAAUGCAGAUCACUUAGGAGAACUCGUCCUUAAAAUACAACAAGAAGUAGAUUAAAAUGGAUUUAGCGAAAUAGCUGUAGAUUUAGAGCAUAAUCAUUAAAUUUCAUAUUUGGGAAUCACUUGCUUGAUUUAAUUAAGCACUAGAUCACAAGAUUAUAUAAUAGAUCCUUUUCCUUUAUGGAAAUAGCUAGGAGACAUGUUGAGUGUUAUUUUUGCAAAUCCUAAAAUAGUAAAGGUUUUCCAUGGGGCUGAAAACGAUGUAUAAUGGCUAUAAAGAGACUUUGGUUUAUAUAUAGUAAAUCUAUUCGAUACUUUCCACGCAUCCAAAGAGUUACAACUUAUGUAAAACUCGUUUUAGUUUUUGCUAUCAGAAUAUUGUAAGAAGUCUACAGAUAAAACUUAUUAAACUGCUGAUUGGACUUAAAGACCAUUGCCUGAUGAAAUGAUCAAGUAUGCUUAGAUAGAUACUCAUUAUCUACUUUAUAUUUAUGAUAGAAUGAGGUAGGAUCUUAAAAAAUUAAAUAAACCAAAUGAUAAUAUAAGCAAUAUUCCAAAUUACUAUCUCGAAGCUGUAUUAAAAAGAAGUAAAGAGACAGCUCUCAAAAUUUACAAGAAACCUUUGUAAGAUUAAGAUUAAUCUUUGCAAACAAUUCUUAAUAAGUAAGAUAGGCGAAUGGAAGCAAAAAGUUUUGAAUUAAUGGUUCGAUUAUUAGAGUUAAGAGAAGAAUUAGGAAUUAAACAUGAUCAAAAUCCUAGAUAUUUUUUACCAAAUCCAUUUUUAUUUAAAAUAGUUGAAUCUAAACCUACAACAAUUUAAGAACUCAAAAGUCAAUUAGGAGGUGAUAAAAAUAUUCAUGAGGUUGUAAAAGACAAUCUCUGGUAAUUCCUAAAAGUGCUACUGGAAUUUGAUGAGAAAAUCCCAACUGUAAAUAUUAUUCAGGAAGAAUAAUAGAACACAACAUAAAUAUAGAAUGAUGAGGUACAACCUAAUUUCUAAGUUGAACCAUUAAAAAUUGUCCAGUUUUAAGUUAAUAUUAAGAAAUUAAAAAAUCAAAAUAAAUGUAUUGUGGAAAAUAAUUUAAAAAAUGAAAAUGUUGAAUUAAUAAAAUCCCAAUUUUAUUGUGAAUCGCCUUUUAAAUUAUUAAAUGUUUUUUAUGAGGGUCUAGGAUCUUAAAUCUUCCAAUCUAUGAAGGAAUAAAGUUAGUAGUAGAAAUAAUUAAUUGAAGAAACACAGCAAUAAAAAAUAGAAAAAAUUAAUACAUCAGAUUUCAUAAAACUUCCUAAACUAGAUGAACCAAAUCAUGAUUAAAAGAAUGAUUUAGAUGUUAGAUUAAAUAAUACACUAUAAAAUUAGCAUGGGACAAAGAUAUUAAAAAGACACUAAAAAAUAGAAUAAUAAAGAACUUAAAAAUCUAAUAUUAGUAACAGAUUUGAACUGUCAUGA